ACACAUCGUUCAAACUCUAGGAUCAUACUAAAUUCGGUCAUUCACUUAUUGAUACAACUUUUCCUCUAGUCAUUCUUUAAUACUACUGUUUAUCAACCAUUGUGACAAUUGCUAAUUCACUCCUUUUAUCUAACUUUUGUCUAUCCUUAUACAUAUCUAGCAAAUGAAUCAAAUAUUCAGUCACUCCUUCAUUAUAAUCUUUCUUUCACUAGUUGGUAUAUCACUUUCCUUUGAUAUUAAUUCUUCCAAUAAUGUGGUUGCAUAUUGGGGUCAAGGAUCUGGCCAAGGUAGUUUAGCUUCCUACUGUUCAAAUGGUAAUGUCGAUAUUAUAAUAAUAUCUUUUAUGAAUGGUUUUCCUACGCUUGAACUAAAUUUCGGAAACCAAUGUUCUGAACAAUUUUCUGAUGGUUUGUUGCACUGUUCUCAAAUCGGAAAUGAUAUAAAGACUUGUCAACAGUCUGGUGUUAAGGUUCUUCUUUCCCUUGGUGGUGCUGUUGGUACUUAUGGUUUCCUGUCUGAUUCACAGGCUCAACAAUUUGCCAGUACCUUAUGGAACAAAUUUGGUGGUGGUUCUGAUUCAGAAAGACCAUUUGAUGAUGCUGUAGUUGAUGGCUUUGAUUUUGAUAUUGAAAAUCAAAAUCAAAACGGAUAUGCUGCAUUAGCUACUCAAUUACGAGAAAACUUCAGCUCAGACUCCUCAAAGACUUAUUAUAUAUCUGCUGCUCCUCAAUGUCCUUAUCCUGACCAGUCUGUAGGGGAUUUAUUAUCACAGGCCAACGUGGAUUUUGCCUUCAUUCAAUUUUACAACAAUUACUGUUCAUUAAGUGGGGGCCAAUUUAAUUGGGACCAAUGGGUUAAUUAUGCUAAUACUGUAUCACCAAAUAAAAAUAUUAAAUUAUUUGUCGGUUUACCAGGAUCAUCACUGUCAGCUGGUUCAGGUUAUGUGGAUGUUAAUACCAUUCAAAGUACUAUUUCUUCUAUUAUAUCUAGUUCUCAGUUUGGAGGUAUUUCAAUUUGGGAUGUUUCCACUGCAACAAACAAUGAUGUUGGAUCUAUUUCUUUCUUGCAAUCUAUUAAAAAUUUAUUAGGUGGAAGUCAAGAUACCACCCAACCAACUGUUGCAUCUUCUAGUUUAACUACUUUGACUACGUCAAGUACCAGUAGUACAAAUCUGAACCCAUCUCCAAUCCCUGCUACUUUCAACCCACUUGUCAAUGAUGCUAAAGAAGAACAAUUGUCAACCAACAGUCCUGCUUCGUCGGCUGCAAUUGUUCCAUGGACAUCGCUGUCUGUAACACAGUCAAUAACUUCAACUACUUUGCAAGCUUCUUUGUAUGUUGCACCAACAAGCCAAUUUGUUUCAACAUAUGAAGAACCGUAUUAUUCUUCGGUUCAACCAGUCGAAAGCAUUGUGUAUACAACUCAAUUUGUCUCAACUUAUGAAGAACCAUAUACUGAAUCUUCGUCUUCCAGUGUCAUAGACGAUCCGACUGUUGUAGUUACCGAAACAACUACUGUAUAUAUUACUCUUUUUCCAAUUGCUCUGUCUACAAGUUCUAGUCAAAUUGUUCAAAAUGUGCAAAAUGUGCAAAAUGUGCAAAAGGGUCCAUAUCUCAAUACUACUGUUGCCGAUGAGGAAACCACUACAUCAACUAUUACAAUCAAUGUUACUACUACUCUUAGUAGUUCUACUAAUACGGAAUCUUCUGAAGCGAUUGUCUAUAAUCAAAUUUUAACAAGUAGCUACAAUUUCAAUACCACCAAUACUACUUUGAUUUCAUCUACAACAACUUUACAAUCUAAUACUACCACAUAUAUUGAUUCUGAUAGAUAUAUACCUACUCUGUUAAUUAGCAGUUUAACUUCAAGUUCCGGUUCUAGCAAUUAUUUUGUUAGUUCAACUGCAGACAUAAGCACCUCAAGUGCAUCAAGUUACCUGCCUCCUAUCGCUAAAAGAUCUAAAUCUGCAACAUCAAAUACAGGCGUUCAAAGGAGAGAAGUUACUGCUAGUAGUGAUGCCUACAAAAUUUCAUUUAGUAUAGGAUGUGCAUUAAUUGCUGUCUUGGCUAUUAUUAUUUAAGUAGAAAAAAUAGGAUUUUUAUAUGGGUUAUUAUACGAAUGUAACGUUAAAAAAAUUGUUUUUGUGGUACUAGUUUUAAUUAACCGAUCACUAACAAUAAAUAUGCACCAGUAAUAAAAUUAAAAGCACUAAACUGCCAAAAUAGUCUUGUGAUGAGUAAAAGUUGAUAGAUACAGAAUCAACUGUUAAAGAUUCAAA